AUGCCCGAAAAGAGAGAUUUCGUGAAAAUGAUUCUAUUGGAUUCUAUCUUUAUCAUUGAGCUCUUCUUGAGGACUGCUACAAGGCAAGAAUAUGAGAAGGAUGAUUAUAUAUUAAGUAAACCAUGGCUAGACGAAGGCAUAAAGCAUUACUUGAUAUUACUUGAGAAUCAGCUUCCAUUUUUCAUUCUUGACGAGUUACAUCAUCACAUUGGAAGGUCUACAAGCCUUCAUAAGUCCUUUAUUAACCUUGCCUGUAAUUACUUUUUUCCGGGUGACCAGAAAAAACCCAUUGAGAAGGAAGUAAAACAUUUUACUGAUUUGCAGAGAUAUUUCUACUUACCCAGGAACCUGGAAACUGGAAACAUUAUUGAACAUCUACAUAGUGCAACAAAGUUGGACACGGGGAUUGAAAUUCCAGAAGACCUUUUCCGAAACCUCAUGGCCCUCGAGCAGUGUCAUUAUCCAUUUGAAGCUUACAUUUGCAAUUAUAUUGUGCUAUUGGAUUUUCUUAUAAACACUAGAGAAGAUGCGGAGUUGCUUGUUGAAAAAAAGAUUAUUGCUCACUCGUUAGGCAGCUAUAAAGCAGUUGCCCAAAUGGUUAACAAACUUAGCCAAGAAAUUGUGGAAAAAAAUUCCUGCUACCAUGAUGUUGCCAAAGAUCUUAAUGAGCACUAUGGCAACUGGUGGAAUAAAAAUAUUGCAUCCUUGAGGACUGUGUAUUUCCGUGAUGUUUGGAGAGGCACCGCAACUUUUGUUGGAAUUGAUGAGUGUGAGAGAUCAGUGAAGAAUCAAGGUUCAAGAGGUGAAUCAGUGGAAGUCGCGACUAGCUCACAAGAAGCAACCCACAAAAAGGCCAUGUGUGAAGCAUUUGACUGGAAGCUAAAGAGUCAUGCUAGACUGUCAAGUUCAUGA